AUGCCUCCCAAAUCUGCCAAGGGAAAGGAAAAGGAAAUUGAUCCUGAUUUGACUGAAACCGACCCUGAUCUCGCCGAGACUGACCCUGACUUGACUCAGUCCGACCCUGACUUGACUCAGUCCGACCCUGAUCUGAUUGACGCUGAUGACGAUGCAGCAGGCGAUGAGCAACAAGCUGGCCCAUCGAGCGUCUUUUAUUGCAACAAAUGUGGCGACCACUUGGAUGGUCGCAUUGGGCCACUUUGCUUGAACUGUGAAGGUAGUGAAACCCAGGAGUCCUGGCAAGCACGAGAUCACCGCCUCCGCGACAACGAAGCAUACAAGAGAACAAAGGAAGCAGGGAUUUGCUGCUAUUGCCGCAAGAGACAAGCCGAUCCAGGACAUUCGUCUUGCACGCCAUGCAGGCUAAAGAAGAAGGGACACGACCAUGCCAGAAGAAGAAAGGCAAAGGAGAAGAAGAGCGAGGAGAAGAAGAAGAGUAAGGAAGAGAAGAAGACUAAGGAGAAGGAGAAGAGUAAGGAGGGGAGUAAGGAGAAGAAGGAGAAGAAGAAAUGA